GUGAGAGGGAUGCGGAAAGGGGAGAGGAGGAGGGGAUGAGCGAUACGACAAGGGACAUUGCAAAACAACGGAAGGGUAAAGGAGGAUCGACCCGAAGAAUGGGUAACAGGAUGGACAAGCGAUAUGAGGAAAAUGCACAGAAAACGACCAAAAAGGCUUAA